AUGGGUUCGUCUUCGAGUAAAAAGCAGAAUAAUCAAAGUCAACAAGGAGUUCCUCUCCAGCAGGCUCCUCAACAGCAAGCGCCUGUACAGUCGAUGCCUGCUCAGCAGCCAGUUCCGCAGGGACAAGGUUUUGUACCACCUCAACAGCCUAUGAUGACAAGUGCUCCUCCUCAGCAAUCUGGUAUGGCACCUGUUUCUCAAUCGCGACCAGUAAUGACAGCACCUCAGCAACCUGUGAUAGUACCUGCUCCUCAACAGCCUCAACAACCUCAACCGGUGAUUGUAGCACAGCAACAACCCAUGGUAGUACCUUCUCAACAGCCUCAAAUGGUUGCUAUGCCUCAACAACCUCAACCGGUGAUUGUAGCACCUCAACAACCCAUGGUAGUACCUCCUCAACAGGCUCAACCGGUGAUUGUAGCACCUCAACAGCAGCAACAACCCAUGGUAGUACCUUCUCAACAACCUCAGAUGGUUACUAUGUCUCAACAACAACAGCCUAUGAUGGCUCCAAUAUCCCAGCAACAACCAGUGGUUGCUUCAGCACAAGCGCCGCCAGUACAAGGCGGCUACUUUUAA